AAAUACGCUUCCGUUCUUACCAUGUAGAUUCGUUAUAUGGUUUCAUAGGAGCGAAGACAUAACACAGCCUACUCCAUCAUCUUGAGCAUCAAAAUGUCUCACCUCCAAUACUUCGACUACCCCAACUUCGGCACCCGUACACGAAAAGACUUCGGUGCCUCACAGGCCGUUCGUGUUGGGAACUUCAUCGAAAUCUCCGGGCAGGGCGGCUGGGACCCAGAGACGGAAGAGUUCCCCAUCGCUCUGUCAGAUGAGGUUGAGCAAGCUUUCUCAAACGUUCAACUCGCGCUUACAACUGCUGGGGGAAAGGGCUGGGAUCGCGUCUACAAUGUUCGGGUCUAUAUUAAUGUGAGAGGAAAAGACGGCUGGCCGGAGUAUGGACAACACCUGACUACGAGCCUGAAGAAAUGGUGUCCGAACCACGGGCCAAUCGUGACCGUUUUAGAGGUAAAGGGAUUGUUCAGAGAUAUGCGCAUCGAGAUCGAGGCGACGGAGCAUGUGGGCUGAUGCACCCUAUUCAUGUAUCUCGGGCUACUACAUUACUAGAGGACUAAAGAGGUACAAAAGAAGACUCCAUCAAAGAGUCAAAAUCAAAG